CUCGAGUGCUGUCACGCCAAGAAAACUUGUAACCACCGCCACCAUCCACAUCAACAACAACAAUCACCUUCUCCCCACACGCCCCGCAAUUCGCAUUUCCCUCCCGUCUUCUCCGCUAACCACCCACCAACUGCCCAACCAAAUCGCCCAUCCGAAUACGCACACCCCUACAGCUUCCCCCAAGCGUCCAGAAAGUCGAUUCGAGCCAUGGACGAUGACGCUCCCACCACCAACUUCGAUCUGAUCGAAGGGCACAAGGAAAACAUUCAGCCCAUCCGUUCCGGACGGUCAGCUCGAGCCCUGGCCGCCUCCUUGUCACCUCUCACAUCCAAGCCUCACGCAAUGCGAUCCGAGCACCGAGCCCGCCAGGACGAGUUCGAGGAGGAACUCACGACUGCUGCGGAACUCGACGAUCCUCUCGAAGUCUGGCUGCGAUACAUCAACUGGACGGUGGAGACAUUCACGUCAGGACACUCCGCCGACUCGGGGCUCUUGCAAUUGCUGGAGCGUGCGACAAAGGAGUUUAUACACGACAAUCAAUACAAGAACGAUCCGCGGUACCUCAAGCUCUGGGUGCAGUAUGCUCAGGACUACUCGGACACCCCAAGAGAAGUGUAUGCCUACCUAGCACGUAACGAAGUGGGCCAACGGCUGGCACUAUUCUACGAGGAGUACGCUGCUCUAUUGGAGUCUCUAGGUAGAAGGAACCAGGCGGACGAGAUCUACCAGAUGGGAAUCGACGCCAAUGCGAAUCCUAUCAAGCGACUGCAGCGGAAAUACGACGAAUUCCUGCAGCGGAUGGCGGCGAACCCACCCAACGACGAUGAACCGUCCUCCCCCGCCCUGCCGACGGUGAGACCGGCGCUCGCUGCCAAGCAGUUGGGCGGAUUGGUGGCCAGUGGAGGCCUCGGCGGCACUCCCGACCCCCAGGUGCCGCCCCAAUCUGCCGCGAACAAGCCCGCAAAGAUGAAGAUGGCGAUUUUCUCCGAUGCGGACGCACCUUCGGCGGAGAAAUCGACCCCUGCGCGAGCGACUGGUGGAUGGGACAACAUCGGGACUCUUCACCACCGCAAGAAGGAGAAUGAAAUUGAGGCGAAGCCGUGGGCUGGGGAAACAUUGAAGUCUCAUGGAAAGGCGCCUACAACUGACAAGUUGACGGUGUUCAGAGAUACUUCUCAAAUGUCACACAUUACUUCCUUGUCAAAUACAAUGCCAGUGCCAGGCAAGCGGCCUGAACGUAUAGCCGUCGUGCUUGAACUAGUUUACCCACCGGAAGAAGAAGGGGAUGAGUAUUCAUUUGAUGAGUUGCGAGCGAAGAGCAGAGGUUUGUACGGAAUUGAUUGGAAUGAGCAUCGGCAGGCGGCGGCAGCGGAGCGGAACCAGCGGCGGCGACCGCUGGAGGGAAGCAGAACUCCAGUAAAAAUCAAAACUGUACUAUCCCCAUCUCCCAAUAAAGGCAAAGUUCGUCGGAAAGGACGGCAGACAACAACGGCGGCAGUGUCUUCAAGCCCAACAAUGACUUUCCAUACAAAAGCGGCGACAGACGAAAUCUACGGCAUAUUCAACCAACCACUGAAACUGCAACCAAAGGAUCCCGAUAGUCAGGAGAGCGAUGGGACAGACUUCGGUGAGGAGAGCGAGGGCGAUUAUACCACCACGAGCAUGGUUGAUACAAACAGGACGGUACACCAGGAGGAUGACGACGACGACGAUGCCGCAAGUGUCCGCAGUGACUGGUCCGACUUCAACCUCGCGCAGAACAUGGCCAAGCCCUCCGACGAGGACGCGGACGAGGGCGAAGACGAAGACGAAGACAUGGGCGAGGGUGACACAUUUGCGGUUCCGGAGCCGCGGGCACCGGUAGUCAAAAUGCAGAAGCUGUCCAUCUUCUCCGACGAGCCUGGCCUGGCCAAAGCGCAGCAAGCGCGGCGGCUGCAGAUUCCGGAGCCGCCGGAUGAUUUCAAUCCUCCCACGCUGCCGUACCAUAUUGCAAAAGACCAGUCCCACAUGCAGAGCCGCCUGCCGUACAUGACCCCAAUCGUUGAGAGAACAGAGUCACUUCCUGGCACGCUGGGCCGUAGCAGGGCGCUGCAGCCGAAAACUCCCAGUCGGGGCGCCAUGCCUGUCAUCGACGACGAUGACGACGACGAGGACGAUGACAUGAUGGGUGGUAGUCCAUUUGACGAGGCGCCGCGCGAAAACCGGAGGACGCCUCUGGCGGCGAUCCAGAAACAAUUACCACUUCAACCCAAGUCGCAGCUGCAGCCUGUGGCGGUGGUGCGGCGGAGGGAGAAAGUGCUCGAGCAAGGCCCCGUCGUCGACGACAAGGUUUGCAAUCCCAUGGAUGAAGGCAUGCGAGCCCUGAUAUGGCAAAAACUGGAUCCGCCCCUCAAGACUUACGACGGGUAUUACGAGUUUCCGACGACGAACUCGGGCCGUGCUGCGGAGAUCAAGCGGUUCACUAAGACUAUGGCGAAGCGGGAUGGCGGUGGAGCUACCGGCGGCGUCCCGGAGAACCCGGCGCUCGAGUUCUUCGUCAAUGAAGGUGGGAGGCAAUACAUAGUCAAGAGGGAGUUGGGCAAGGGCGCAUUCGCCCCCGUCUACCUGGUCGAGAAUAUCAGCGUGGCCGACUUGGAAGAAGAGGCUGAGGAAGACGGGCUCGGCAAGGAAGAGCUCGAGCGACAGCUUGCGGAACUAAAGCUUGCCGGGCGAAAGAAAUACGAGGCGCUCAAGAUGGAGCAUCCUCCUAAUCCUUGGGAGUUCUACAUCAUCAAGCAGGCGGAGCGACGACUGCGGAAUACCAGGGCCGUUGAGUCCAUCGUGAAGGCGCACGAGAUGCAUUUAUUUAAGGACGAGGGCUUUCUCCUCCUCGAGUACCGCGACCAGGGCACCAUCUUGGACCUAGUGAACCACGCGCGAUCCGAGGCUGGCGGAACCGGCGUGAUGGACGAGCUCCUAGUGAUGUUCCUGACCGUCGAGCUUCUGCGGGUGACCGAGAGCCUACACGCGCAAUUACUCAUCCACGGCGACAUCAAAGCGGACAACUGUCUAGUGCGCUUCGACGCGAUCGCGGACAACCUGUGGUCAUCGCGGUACGAGCCCUCGGGCUCCGGCGGGUGGUCGGCGAAGGGCGUCACGUUCAUCGACUUCGGCCGCGGCAUCGACAUGAAACUGUUCCACCCCAGUGUCCAGUUCAUCGCCGACUGGAAGACGGACCAGCAGGACUGCGCGGAAAUGCGGGAGCUAAGGCCGUGGACCUUCCAGGUCGACUAUCACGGCAUCGCCGCGGUCAUACACUCUAUGCUCUUUGGGAAAUACAUCCAGACCGCCGCUGAACGCUCCGGCCUCCCCGGCGGCGGGCAUAAGAACUACAAAAUCACCACGCCGCUGAAAAGAUACUGGGAGAAGCCCCUGUGGGCGGAGGUGUUUGAGGUCCUCUUGAACCCGCUGCAGGAGGAGGGCGGCGCGCUGCCUAUCACCGAUAGCCUCAAGAGGUGCAGGCUGAAGAUGGAGGCUCACCUGGUGGCGCAUUGCGAUAAGGGCGUGGGGCUCAAGAGCAUGGUCAGAAAGAUGGAGGUUGCGAUGAGUAAACGUAGAUAGUUGUUGUUGUUGUUGUUGUUGUUACCAUGUUCUUUUUUGCGAUGGCUACGGUACUUGUAGCUGGAGUUUUGUUUUUUCCUCUCUGGUAUAUAGGAGCUGGAGCAGGGCUUUCGUUUCUGUUUUAUCUUUUUACUUUUGGUUUUUGGGAUCCUGCCAUCCGCCAAGUACCUAGACCUACGUAUGAAGGGAGGAGUUCUUGUAUGAUACCUAUUCCGUAGCUGGCUAUCGGCCUCCCCAGUGUCCUCACAAAUCGAUGUACAAUGGAUGUACAAAUUA